GCUUUUUCAUUGCAAAGAAACCGCGAUUUAUAAUUUUGAUUUAUAUUUAUUUUUAUUUUAGUCCGGGUUCAAGUGCCGCGAUGAAAGUUGGCUGUACAGACGGCCAUUAUCUCUUUUAAUGUUAUUGAAAAAAAAGUAAAAAUGAGCAACCUUUUAGUUUACAGAACACUGUUAAUAAAAUUCGCGUUUUCGUCGUUACUAAUUUUCUUGCACUUUCUGUACGCGUUGUAUUCGUGGCUCGUCGAUCAGACGAUAUUCAAACAGCCGGAUCCUUGGCAGAAUCGUUCCAUCAACGGAUACAAGAAGUAUCGGUUGAAAAAGUUGCCCAACCAUCUCGUGGUGUCCGUAUGCCAAGAGGAAGUUUUCUACGAAUAUCUGGCCAAGUUGCUUGCCUGGGCGUUGUUCCUGGAAGUACCUGUCGUCAGCUUUUAUCACAACGAAAACGGUAUAUCUCCAGAAGAAUUAUUUUUUGCAUUUAGAGAUCAGUACAGUAGUUUGUUGACCAAAGUCAAUUGGGGAUUAGAAUUCAAUGAUAACAUCAAAUUUGAAUCAAAAAAAUGUAUUAAUGGAUAUAAAUGGGAACCAAGAAUUGAAGUCAACAUAUUGACAUCUAAACAUUCUAAAUUACAAUUAGUAAACGCUUUGCGAACUGUGUGCAGCACAGAAGAAGAAUUCUCAGACACUUUAGUCGAGCUUGCGAUUAAUAAAACAUUCCCUAUGGUUGAACCCGAUUUGGUUGUAAUCUGUGGCAAGUCUUGUACAACAUUUGGUUUAUUACCUUGGCACACUCGUGUCACUGAAUUUUUAACAUUGAAAACACAUUACAAUGUUACAUUUUUAAAGUUUUACAAAUUAUUGGAACAAUACAGCAGAAAUGAACAAAGAUUUGGAAAAUGAAGUCAUUGUUAUAUUUUGAUAACUACAUUUAAGUGUAAAUAAUAGUUUAUUUUGUUCGUCAAUUGUGUAAACAUUGUUAUUAAAAGGAUAUUUGUUUCCUAAUAAAUUAUUUAUUAAAA